AAUACCAAGAAACAGAGCGCAACACAGACACAGAAGAAUGGCUAUGGGGCGGGAGAGGCGCAUCAAGCUUCUCAUGGCAGUUGUCCUGCUCCUCACCUUGGCGAAAGGGAGCAGCUGCAACAAGACAUGCACCGUGGCGGACCUGGAGAUACGGCAUAUCCGGGUCGACAGCUACAAGCAGGACGGCGGCCGCACGCACGAGCAAGAGCAGGAGCACAUGAACUCCGGCGGCGGCGGCGGCGGGCGCAAGCUGAAGCAGCUGCCGAUGGUCAUGGCGGCGUGGGUGUACAACCACUGCCCGUGCAUGGUGGACAACGUGGUGACCUACGCGCCCGACGGCUUCUCCACCAUCUACGCCAACGGGACCGACGAGAGGAUCUUCUCCAAGGUGACGGAGCACCUCUACCUCAUCCACCACGCCGGCCCGCUCCUGCCGGCGGCGAGCUGCCCCCGUUUUCCCCCCUCGCCGCCCGAGAACACAUCUGCCUCUGCCGCCGUCCCGGUCGAUGGGAAGGCGCAAACUGAAGAUUUCAGCUGCCCGUCGACCGCUUUCUUCUACACCUGGUACGAUGAGAUCGAGCUCAAGCCUGCCUUCCUCGUGCCUCACUGCUAGAGUGCUAGCUACUGUACAAGAAAUUCCAUGUCGAUCCACUGGGAUUUCCGUCCGUAUGAUGAUAAAAUAAGUUGUUGGUGAACUAGUGUACUCCGUGUGCGUGGUUUAGCUGUAGAAUCUACUCUUCGAUUCUCACGGAUGUGUAAUCCUCUCAAGGAUCGGAUCUGUUAUGGUUGCAGAAUAAAUCAAUCAAGUAUUUGCAGAA